AUUACACCUUAAAAGAACCGCAAUGAAUCAACUUUGAAUGAAAUAGAGAUCUUUUUCUAAAUUUAAUUCGCAUUUCGAUUUAAAACUAAAAAUAGCUGCUUUUUGACGGACUUUUCCAGUUUCAAUCCUGUAUCACCUUAUGGGAGCUGAUUGCGUCUCAAAAAUUUGACCUGAGUUCUGAGAACCAAAGAUUUUAGGCCUGGGCAUGGGGCAUAGUGAAACCACCCGGGUGGAAGGAUCUUUAGUUAGACUGUAGUUUGGACUGUAGUGUUCAAACUGCAGUCUUCAAACUGCAGUUGCAGAGGAGAAAAAAAAAAGAGAAGUGAGUAUAGUUAAUACAUUAGUUUGGCAAUUGAGUUUUCAGAUAUUUUAUUAUGCUACUUUUUCUGUAGUUUUCCACACCAGUUUCGUACUGCAGUUUUGAGACAAUUUUGAGACCAAUUUGCUAUCGAGUUUCCGACAAUAGUAUGAAGUUGUCCUGAAAGUUGUAUUUGCAUCUGCAUUGCAACUGACACAUUAACUGUAAUUCUGACGCCAGUCCUGCAGAUAACAAGUGACUCCGAGAGCGACGACGAGAGCGUUACGUCCUGGUUGACCCUCGACGAGACCGGUAGCAGCAGCCCGGGGAGCAGCAGCGGCGAGAGCGUGAUCCCGCCCACACCGGAGCUUCCGCCCGCCGUCCCGCUGCCGCCCCCAGACACCGCCGGCCCGUCCUGGGCGCAGAGCCCCGUCUCGCAGGUGAAGAUGUCCUGGUUUAGGCCCGGCGCCCCGCCAUGCGACUCCUCUCCUGACGCAGCCUCGCCGCCAGCCCCCCGUCGGUGCCCGAGGCCAGUAGUGCAGGACUUGCUGUCGAGCCCAACGCCCCACUCUCCAGCACUCGACGACCCGGACCCGUGGGGCUGCCAGGCAUGCAGCUCCCCGGGCACACUCUGUCCGCUUUGCGAGACCUGGGCCCUGGAGGAGGUCCGGGCGGAGAGGGCCUUCAGCAACCUGCAGGACCAGGAGGCCGAGGAGGAGCGCCUCGACCGGCAAGCACUUGAGACCACCUUCUGGCAGGGGCGUCAGUCAGAGAACGCCGAGGCCGCGGAACACGACGGGCACCUCAACGAGGAGGCCUGCGAGUCGCAUCACAAGGCCCAACUGGAAAGCCCAUAGAUCGGACCCGUUGAGCAAUUGUGCAGCAGAGUCUGAAUAAAGUUGGUGAU